ACGACAUUUUGUCACCCAAUAGGAUACUAGCUGUCACCUGAGUGUAUGGUGUGUCUCACCUGUAAUUGUCUAAACAAGAACAGUUGCGGCGAACGUGGAUUCCGCAUUUUUGCACCAUUAUCUGGGUAAUUAUGGUCAGGCGUAUUGAACUUUCGGGUUUUUGCCUCUGUUACAUAUUAUCAAUAUUACUGCUUCGGUAAAUGUUAGGAUCACAAGUUUGUAUUCAGCCAGAAUCGUCAAAAGUUUUCAUCCCACCCACGAUUACAGUCACAUCAACAACUGACAGUGAGCUGGAAUUUUCCAGAUCACCAUCCAGCAUAUCUUUAGUGUCAUCAGACUGUACGAACACCAGUCAUUUGAAUGCUUUUGAUGACGGUGAUGAUAAUGAUGAUGGUGCCGGUGCUCAAAGCUCUUCGAAAAAGAUAUCUGUAUCCAGUUGUGAACUAACCAGUAAUGUCAACGACUAUCAGUCUUCCUUAUCAUCGUCCAUCAUCCCUACAGUGAGGUGUAAUAGUACAUACCCUUCAUCUAUGCAUUCCCCUAUGGCAUCAGGAAUUUCGUUAUACUCAUCUUCAUCAAUAAAUAAUGCAGAUGAUAAUCUGCACAAAUUAUCUCUGGAUGAAAUAUACAAUUCAUCAGAUAUCUUCAGUUCUACGUUUAAUGAUCAAACCCAACCACCUGUAGGUUUCAGCAAUCAACACGUGAAUGCCAGCUCGUUAUUUUCGCAUGCAAACCCAGAAUGCUCAACUUCAUUAAGACCAGUACGGUCGUUAAACGGAUUCUUCCAGUCGGGUGCUUCAAAUACUUGUGUUUAUUCUUCAACAACUAGCAAACAUGAUCACUCCCUUCCUCAUGGUCGGCAGUAUCCAGAAAAUCGAGUUGGAUUUAUUUGUUUAUGUCAUGGGUAUGACGGAAAGAAUCAAGAUAUUACAUUAAGUCCUAAAGUUGACUCAAAUGUUACUUUAUUUGAUAAAACACUGGCGUCCCUACCAUCAUUGUCGUCCUCAUCGUCAAUGGUGUCAUCAUCACCAUCAUCACCAAAUAACACUACAUCUCAACAUCAACAGAACGGUGGGAAUCCAUCUGUGAAGCAAUCUAGAACUUUAUUAAGGCGUUUUCGUAGUUUUAUUAUACAGUCAGUUAGAAAGUCUGGUCGUUCGGUAAAUGUCAAUGAGAACGAUAAAGUGUUGUGCACAAAAGGAGAUUCUGUUGUUGUUAAGUAUAAAGUAACUGAUCGUAACAAAAAGCGCAGUAAAUCCUUACGUGCCAUAUCGAACUGUAUCCUGUCCACUGCUUCCGUAUCACCAUCUACAUCGCCGAACGGUGUACAUCAUAGGAAUGAAAUGAAAGAGAAGGAUAAGAGUUCCCGUUCAUCACGUCGUCAUCGAUUACGUUUACAUUCUGAUCAUGGAGAGCAGUCAGACUGGCCCACUUGCUUUAAUGACAAUGGGCAUACAGAUGAUAAUUUCUUGACUAAUAGUUGCCGACAGCUUGGGAUAGUGAGUAAAGCAGUUGAAAAGUUUAUUUCAAUCCUCAACGAAGUGUUAGAUUAUUUGUCCUACAACAAUAAUGGGAGUAAUGUUAAUCAUAACAAUAAUAAUAAUAAUAACAAUAAUAGUGGUGCCACCACUUCCAGAACAAUUCAUCAAUUACAAGAAUUAUGUAAACAAACACUAGUGGAAUUGGUCAUUGUCUUGCAAUGUAGGCAGUUUAUUGGUGAUUUUGUCAAGUAUGAAGGUCAUUGCAAACUUUUCCAACUUGUUGAAACAAUAGAUAAAUUGGAUAAAACUUUUCAUGAUCAAAUAUGGCUGCAUCUUUUGUCCUGUUUAGUUGAAUUAUCUAAAUAUGCUAUCACUAAUCGAUUCAGUGGUGAUGAUGAUGACGGCGGUGCUGAAGGCGGCGGCGACAAUAGGAAGACAAUUUUUCCUGGUAGCUGUUGUGCAGCAAGCGUUGACUAUACUCAAUAUUCAUCUGAAGAAAUAAUAGCCACUCAGAAAACUUCUCAAAACGUCAGUAAGGUCAACUGUUCAUCAACGAUACUGACAAGGAGUAUAGGCAGUCAUGGUAGUGCUGUUGGCAGGGAAGAGUUUUUUAGUUGGCAGUUAGUAUCAGAUCAUUUUUUAUCCGUUAUAAUUGACCAUUGUAGACGAGAGAACAAUUUUGAUUGUCUACGGCAUGAAAUGAAAUUAAUUUUAAAAAUUAUUAUAGACUAUCCCGUGAGAAUUCAAUAUGUGAUUGAACAAACAAAACAUGGUUUUAUAUUGGAUCUGUUGAAAAUGAUUAACAUAAGCACUGCUCAAUACAAAUCGUCAGUUAGCAUUGCAUUGCAGGUGGAUGAAAUACGCUGUGAAAUGCAAAAUUUAAUCAUGAAAUUAUUAUACGUUUUACUCUACUAUGGAAAACAAAACAAGUGUCUAACACUCUUGGUACCACAGUAUCUUGAAAAUAUUCGUUUCAUUGAAACUUAUGAAGUCUCCUUCUCUGUGGAUCGUUCGCAUGGUGGGCAUCCAUCCUACUUCUAA